UGUAAACAUAGAGCUGCAGGAGCGCGACGUCGUUUUAAGAUUUUCGCGUCGCGUGCUCGCAGCGUGCACAGGGGUGUCACUUCCAUCUCCUUUCUCGACGUCGACGGAGAAAAUCUCGCGUGGCUGGCUGCUUUCUCUCCACCUCCACGGCUCCACCAACAAACAGCACAGCACCACUUACCAGCAGCACCUCUCUCUUCCUUCUCUUCUCCCCCGCCUCCUCUUUCUCGCUCUCUCUCCCUUUCUCUUUGAGUGAGCGAGAGAUCUCCCGAAACCUGGUCGAGGAGCACCCGGAUACAUCAGAGAGGCGACAUCCUCCUAAAGCGCAACAUGGCUACAAUCGUAACCUCCACCAGAUUUACAGACGAGUAUCAGCUGUACGAAGAGCUCGGAAAGGGUGCCUUCUCUGUUGUCCGCCGAUGUGUAAAGAAAUCAACAGGCCAGGAAUAUGCUGCAAAGAUCAUCAACACAAAAAAGCUGUCAGCUAGAGAUCAUCAGAAGCUGGACAGAGAAGCUAGGAUCUGUCGUCUCCUCAAGCACCCCAACAUAGUGCGUCUCCAUGACAGUAUCUCAGAAGAAGGCUUUCAUUACCUCGUCUUUGACCUUGUGACUGGUGGAGAGCUGUUUGAAGACAUUGUCGCACGAGAAUAUUACAGCGAGGCAGAUGCAAGUCAUUGCAUCAAUCAGAUCCUGGAAAGCGUCAGCCACAUCCACCAGCAUGACAUUGUGCACAGGGACCUCAAGCCUGAGAACCUGUUGUUGGCCAGUAAGAUGAAGGGGGCAGCAGUGAAGCUGGCUGACUUUGGUCUCGCCAUCGAGGUGCAGGGAGACCAGCAGGCCUGGUUUGGUUUUGCAGGCACUCCUGGAUAUCUGUCCCCUGAAGUCCUGAGAAAGGACCCCUAUGGCAAGCCGGUGGAUAUCUGGGCCUGUGGUGUGAUCUUGUAUAUUCUUCUUGUGGGUUACCCUCCCUUCUGGGAUGAAGACCAACAUAAGCUCUAUCAACAGAUCAAGGCUGGAGCGUAUGAUUUUCCAUCACCAGAGUGGGACACCGUUACCCCAGAGGCCAAAAACCUCAUCAACCAGAUGCUGACCAUCAACCCAGCGAAGAGAAUCACUUCUGAUCAAGCGCUCAAGCAUCCGUGGGUCUGCCAACGGUCUACUGUUGCCUCCAUGAUGCAUCGACAAGAGACCGUCGAGUGUCUGCGCAAGUUCAACGCCCGCAGAAAGCUGAAGGGGGCUAUUAUCACCACCAUGCUGGUGUCCAGAAACUUCUCAGUGGGUCGGCAGCACACCGCCCCAGCCACCCCUACCACCAGCACAGCUGCACUGGCACAGGAAGCGUGCAAAAGUUUAAUGGCCAAAAAGUCAGAUGGCGUCAAGCCACAGACAAACAACAACAAAAACAGUGUAGUAAGCAGCAGCACCAAAGACAGCAGCAUAUCAUCCACUGCACCAAUGGAACCACAGACCACUGUCGUGCACAAUCCAGCCAAUGGCAUCAAGGGCUCUACAGAGAGCUGCAACACCACAGAAGAGGAGGACAUGAAAGGUAGGAAAGCAUCGGUGGGCGGGGAUAGCAAUGACAGUGCAGUGGUCAGCCAAUGCAGUGCCUCUGAGGAGCCAACUCCUCAGACUGAGACUCCUCCCCCUUGCCCACCUCUCAUCGACCCAUCACAUGAUAUUAAGCAUGUUGCUUGGAGCAGUUCAGGUCAGAACUCCUGCCCUGACGUAGAGCCUGCUGUACCUGCUCCGUCCUCCACAACACCAGGGGACAGCAGUGUGCACGGGCAGCCCUCACGAAAGCAGGAGAUCAUUAAAAUCACAGAGCAGCUGAUUGAGGCCAUCAACAAUGGAGACUUUGAAGCCUACACGAGGAUCUGUGACCCUGGCCUGACUUCUUUCGAACCAGAAGCACUUGGAAACCUGGUGGAGGGCAUGGACUUCCAUAAGUUCUACUUUGAGAAUCUGCUGAGUAAGAACAGUAAGCCUGUGCAUACAACUAUUCUGAACCCUCACGUGCACCUGAUCGGAGAGGAUGCCGCCUGCAUCGCCUAUAUCCGACUGACGCAGUACAUGGACAGUCAGGGCCGCCCACGCAGCUGCCAAUCAGAGGAGACGCGCGUGUGGCACCGCCGAGAGGCCAAGUGGCUCAAUAUCCACUUCCACUGCUCUGGAGCACCCGCCGCACCGCUACAGUGAAGCACACAGGGCAGAGCAUGCCUGAAUACUAAAGCUGAUUGGAGCAUUUCUUCUCCGUGCACGUAUUGCCGCCUGGAGCCCGGCCGUAAGAGAACCUCUUGAAGUUUUGAAAGCGUAAGGGGAAAAAAUUGACACAACAAAGAAAUGUAUUUAAAGCAAACUGUGGCCACCACUUCUGUCCAAUCCUAGCUAGAUGUGGGGCGGGCGGCCAUGGCAGCAGCCCCGCCUUCUGGAUGCUGCAUGCUUCUAAUGCCCACACGGGGCGCUGUAUUGUCUUUACCCAUAAUCUCUGCUGCCCAACAUUCGGAAAUGGUGUUUAAAGUAUUAAUACAUUGUAAAAUAUUGAGAUCUUCACUUGUGUAAUUAACAGUUGAUAGUAAUGGAGGGAAUCAGAAAUGUGUUUUUAAAAAUAAGAGCACGCCAUUUAAGGAGUAAAUGGAGUUCAUUAGAUUUUGUUUUUCUUAUGCAAAGAAUGUGAUUGAAUGGCAUAUCAGAGGAACAGAAAAAUGUUAAGUUGAUAAAUAUCAAACGUUAAAGCACCAAAGUGUAGACUCUAGACAUCUUGGAUUUUAAGAAGAGGAUGUUUUUAAUGUUGCUUUUAUUUUUCUUGGAAGGUUGGGAAAGGGUUUUUUUGGUACUCUGUAGUGUGUUUUUUUUUUUUGUGGAAUUCCUGAUUUUUUAUCUCCUAAAUGAUGCUGUAUUUGUACGUUUUCUGUGUUUUCAACAGAAUUGUUUUAAAGUGGGGCACGAUUUAAUAUAGUUGCGCGUAAAUAGUUAUCACGAGAAAGGAAUAAACAGUCUGUGAUAUUAGGGUAUGGGGAGGGGAGAUGUGCGAGUUGAAUGUCGGUGUUUGUGUAAAUGUCUUUCUUGGGCUCGAUAUGCUUGUUGUUCUCUUGUGUUUUGAGUAGUUGGGUUGGGGUGGGGUUUUUUUGCCUUCCUGUGUGUUUGCACCCAUAACCUCCUAGCUGUCCCAACCUGAAGUUUCGUUUUAAAUCAGUGUUCUGAAUUUAUUGUUUGUCUCCUGGUCACCAGAGGGCACUAAACACUACUUACAUACCAUAAACUUUCUCAAAAAUACUCACCCUUUAGGCUUCCAGCUGUUGUGUAUAUCUUUUUGUAGUUUCUAGGCAUGUCAAAAAGCAAAUAAAUAAAAUGGCCUGUACUGUUUUGCACAUAAGCUUAAUGCGGUUCUGUUCACUUUAUAUGUGGACUGCUUUGCAACUUCAGGUUAUGAAAUCCAUCCAUAGAGACCCAACACUCCAAACUGUCACAUUUCCCCUCCACGAGCGACUGCAGACUUAUAUUUGAUGUUUACGUUGUUACAGUUUUCAUGAUACAUAGUGAGUUGAAGUGAUUAUGGUUUGGUUAGACAAUGGUCACUUGGCCUUCUAGUGUACAGACAGGAUAUUGAAUGAAAAAGACAUUCUGAAUGCAGUUUCAGGAGUUUUCUGUGGUCCAUUUUUUUUUUGCAGAAUCUAUUCUGAUGUUCUGAAUGUUGGUGUUUGUCAUGGAUUUGUUGCAUCUUGUUUUGUUAUAUUUUUCUUCAGUAUAAUCUGUAAAUACUUAUGAGGGAUGAAUCGAGCGCUUGGCUAAUCGGGGAGGCUUCCUUUUAAACCCACACUCAACAAACACUUGGUACACUGUCACGCACAAACACAACUCUCACAGAACUCUGUCUGAUCGCAAAGUAAACAUAUGUUGUUAAAUGUCAUAUAUGAUGCUGGUUUGAAUGUGUUUAAGCACACAGACACAUUGUGUUCCCUUUAAAGUUUCCGUGUGUGAAUCUGUGUGACUCUUACAUUGGCGCAAUGUUCUUGACUGUGUUAUUGCGUAGGGUCUUGUGUGAUUUGUGAUGCCUGAGGGGGCUUUGCUGUUCACCCCUCCCACUCUGUGCUAAGCCAUCGCUUGUGACAUUAUUUUUUGAAGUUGGGCACCAAACGAUAACUCUGUUUAAAAAAAAAAAACUCCUGCCCUAAGGCAUCUUGUGCGUUCACAGAUGAAACCAUCUGCCGUGUCUCCAAACUGUGCUCUCUGUCUCUCCCUGCUGCAGUUUUGUGUGUGUCCCGUCUGUGCUGCAUACCCAAUGACUAUGUCCUAAUGUCCCUUCCUUCAGUCAAAGUGUGUUCUCUGAGAAGUGAAAGUGUCCAGAUUGUUGUAUAGUUAACAAAUAAAACAAACGGUCAAGAGAGGAGAUAUUUUCAGAUGCAGGAGACUGCAGUUCUUGUGACUGUAAGGUGGACACGCGAACUAAAUAACUAGUUAAACCCACUCUUAACAACCAAACCAUAUAUGCAGUUCAAGAGGCGGAAAAUAUGCAUGUGUAACUUUCUGGUAAUAUUUUUCACUGUAUGUGUUUACCUAAAAUUGAAAUCUAUGUAUGUUACCUGCAUCUUCAAGGUAAAUGAAAUGUGGCUCUGAAAUAUGGUUUCCAGUGCUAAAAUGAAAUCGUUUUUAUAAAGAAAAGGACAAAAAGAGAUUAACACAGCUUUAGCUUGGUAUGUUUCCCAAUUCUUGACAACUUUUUGCAUUGUAACCAUAUAAAAUGGGACUACAUAUGACUAUACUCUGAGGUUUAAUUGGAUGCUGGAUUUUUUUGCAUGACCAUACAAUUAAUAAAACUAUGAAUUUAAAUCUAUCAAGUGUUUGUUUGAAUGUUGUUAAGCCAUCAUAACUUUGUUAUUGAAACAUUUCAAAGUAUUUAAUAAAAGAUCAUUUAAA